CAGAUCAUGUUUUGCACUUUGAACACUCACAAGGCUGAUAUGGACAAGCUCUUAGGUGCACAAAUCGGCCUUGAAGAUUUCAUAUUUGCCCACGUAAAAGGACAACGAAAAGAAGUGGAAAUUGUUAAAACUGAUGAUGUGCUUGGGCUUACCAUUACAGACAAUGGGACUGGCUGUGCCUUUAUAAAGCGAAUCAAAGAAGGAAGCCUUAUGGACCAAACCAAAAUUGUCUGUUUGGGUGAUCACAUAGAGACUAUAAAUGGAAAAAAUGUGUCACGUUGCCGGCAUUAUGAAGUUGCCAAAAUGCUAAAAGACCUGGAGAGAGGUCGGAUGUUCAAGCUGGAGCUGAUAGAGCCUGUGAAAGCUUUUGAAAAGCUGGAACCGAGGUCCAAAGGUGGAAGUCUGCCAGAGGCUAAAAUUUCUAGAGGGAGAGAAACACUUCGGCUGAGAACCAAAGGCCCUGCUACUGUGGAGGAAAUGCAGACUGAAGUUGAAGAAAAAGCAAUUAAAAAAGUGGAUGAGCUUCUUGAAACGUACAUGGGGAUCAGAGAUCUUGAAUUAG